AUGAAAUACAAUCACUACACCAUCCUGAUGACCCUGAUCUUCAUGAUUAAUGAUUGCAUGGGGCAGACUUCAUGUGUGGUAGACUCAUUCUCUGUGAAGGAAGACUUUGACCUCAAACGGUAUGCAGGUAAAUGGUAUGCACUGGCCAAGAAAGACCCAGAAGGUUUGUUUCUACAGGAUAAUAUCUCAGCUGAAUACACUAUUGGGGAGGAUGGGACUAUGACUGCAUCUUCCAAAGGCAGAAUGAAGCUUUUUGGAUUCUGGAUGGUCUGUGCUGAUAUGGCUGCUCAAUAUUCAGUGCCUGAUCCCACCACACCAGCCAAGAUGUUCAUGAAUUAUCAAGGACUGGCAAGCUAUUUGUCAAGUGGAGGUGAUGAUUACUGGGUGAUUGACACAGAUUAUGAUAACUAUGCCAUCACCUAUGCCUGCCGCACUCUGAAGGAGGAUGGGUCCUGCGAUGAUGGCUACGCCAUCAUUUUCUCCCGCAACCCUCGGGGUUUUUCCCCCGCCAUUCAGAAAAUUGUGCAGCAGAAGCAGGAGGAAAUCUGCAUGACUGGCCUGUUCCAGCCUGUGCUACAGUCAGGGGCUUGUUAA